AUGGCGUCUUUAUCACCGACCGUUCCCAGAGCAGGAACCAAUCCUCCCGCGCCAGGAGCUGCCCCUCAUCGGUUAGGUGGAGAUAUCCCCAACCUAAAGGACCGCAUCCCGAAACUCGAACCCCGGAGGAGGAAGGCCGAGCAGGCAAAUCCAGUUCCAGCCCCGGAAACACCAUCAGCACCUCCCCGGCCGGAUCCGGCAACUCUCAACUUCAGCACCCCUUCUCGGAGGAUCCUCUCCCCAAAGGAUCACCAGCUCUUCCUAUCCUCGCCAGCUUACUCUCUCAUCCUCUCCUUCGUGUUUGGGCUCUCCGAAUCGGUAGUCGACAGGCCGAUAUCGUCCGUCAAGGAGACCGAGCUCUCCCCGGCCGUAAAGUCCAUCCUCGCCAUCCUCGACGAAAUCGAUUCUCUCUGUGUGGAGUCCCCCCCCGACGACCAAGGCGGCUCCCGCUUCGGCAACAAGACCUUCCGUGUAUUCCUCGACAAAGUCAAGCAGCGCUCCCCCACAUGGCACACCGCCCUCAUCCCCGCCGACACCAUCCCCAACGGCCCAUCCGCCGCCGCCGGAUCCGAACUCUCCGCCUACCUCUGCCAGUCCUUCGGCAACCGCAGCCGCAUCGACUACGGAUCCGGCCACGAGCUCAAUUUCGUCAUGUGGCUACUCUGCCUGUACCAACUCGGCCGGGUCGAACGGACCGAUUUCCCCGCCCUCGUCCUCCGCGUCUUCACCCGCUACCUCUCCGUCAUGCGCCGCGUGCAAAGCACCUACUACCUCGAGCCCGCCGGAUCGCAUGGUGUAUGGGGGCUAGACGACUACCAAUUCCUGCCGUUCCUGUUCGGUGCCAGCCAGCUGCUGCACCACCCCUUCAUCACGCCGCGUGCCAUUCACCAGGAGCUGACGCUGGAGGAGUUUGGCGAUGAAUUCCUCUAUCUCGGCCAGGUGGCGUUUGUAAACAGCACCAAGACGGUUAAGGGCCUGCGCUGGCACAGUCCGAUGCUGGAUGACAUCAGUAGCGCCAAGAGCUGGAACAAGAUCGAGGGCGGUAUGCGGAGGAUGUUUGUGAAUGAGGUGCUGGGGAAGCUGCCUGUUAUGCAGCAUUUUCUAUUUGGGUCGUUGAUCCCUGCUGCCGAAGGGAUGAGCGAGCCUCAGAAUAUGGGGGUUAAAGAGGAGGAGGAUGAGGAAGAGGGUGGUGAGGUGGAGGUGUUUGACGACAAGGAGGGGGUCAGGCAUGUGCAUCAGCCGAGUGGCUGGGGGGAUUGUUGCGGGAUCAAGGUGCCAAGUAGUAUUGCGGCGGCCGAGGAGAUGAAGAAAAGAGGAGGCGUCGAGCAGUUGCGAAGGAUACCGUUUGACUAA